AUGCCGCCUCAACUUCCGAUCGAUAUCCUUCCUGAAAUAUUGCGACAUUUUGUAGGGGAACUUGACGAGCAAGAAAUCUUACACAACCUACUAUUUGUCAAUCGAACAUGGUGUCAGCAUUCUCUACCCCUUUUAUGGACUAAUCCAUUCCUGCUAUGUCAACAACCAGAGAAUCGUGCUAAAUUGGUGGAGACCGUGCUCGGUUGUCUCUCUGAUGAUGAUAAAGGGUACUUUGCACAACGCAAUCCUGAUCUACCAAUUUACCCUCGUCCGUCGAUCGAUUAUUCCAAGUACAUCACCAUACUAGAGGAGAAGAAUGUGAUCGAAGCAGUCAAUAAUUGUAAGACGGGGGCUGUUGUUGGUGGAGCUGAUGUCACCACGAUCGAGACAGACACAGAGAUUGAUAACGAUAAUGAGGUCAUAAAUGAUACAAGCAAAAGGGAAAAUGAACGAAAAUACGAGGCGACCGUGUUAAGUGCCAUGUUAUACAAGAUGUUUGUUGAACGAAGUAAUAAUAUUAAAUGGUUUAACCUCGAUUGUGAUGCUAUUAACGCCAAAUGGUACGAUGGCACGAUCACUCAUCAAGAUUACAUGGCUGAUAAAAUCUUGGAAGCGGUCGCAAAGCAUCAACAAAGUCUUACACGUCUUGCCGUCGCUUUUAACAGUGGUCCAAACAAUCCUGAUACUCCUGCUCUUUCCAAAUUGGUGGUCGAAUGUAUUAAAGUCCAAGGAAGAUUCUUAAACGAUUUUGUUAUUGAGAAUGCGGGUGGUGAUGAAUUUGCAGAAAUGCAUUAUGCACUAAAACCUCGCGCUAAUUCAUUGAAACGUGUCGGCUACACACAAUGCGAUUUCGCCAAAUUCCCAUGGGCUGUUGGAAUAGAGAUCCUGUUGCAGGUUGAAGAAUUAUACUUUAUUGCUUGUACGAACCUUCGUGAUAGUCAAUUGAAACAACUAGAAGGUCGGAUGGAGAAACCAUUCCCUGAAUUUUAUUACUAUGUUCUUAAAGGUCUUGAGUAA